AAAACCGUUUGCAGAGCCAAAGGUCGACCCCUGCUUAAGCGGGACGAAGAAGUUAUUUGUCUGAUACAAUCGCCGUUGCUGAUUACCGUUUGCUGAUAGUGUUUGUGCAUUUCUUUCUCGUUCGGCGCGAAGCGUUGAAAUCGGUACGUUUUUAACAUGUAACGCGUUCUUAGUCAUAUACCAACUGGUCGGAACAGAAACAGCUCUGUAAAAGUAAAACAUGUGUUAGAUUUCCUGUUUUGGUGUACAUCAGGAUCACAAGCAGCUACCUUGUACAUCCCGCAACUGCCGUUUUUAUAUGACGUUCAAAGAUGAACUUACUCCAUGCUAUAGUAAUCUCAUCGCUGUCGUUGGUUGUUGGAGCACACUCCUCGGCGUCAGAUGACAAGCUUCUGCUGUUCAACGAUGUUAAUUGGGAGGACGACGACGACGAUAGCAGUGGACUCGAUAGUUUUGUUUCGGCAACGGGCUACAUCCAUCCGAGCGGCUACUGGCCCAACAACGGCCAAGAGAUUCCUUAUGAAUUGACAGGAUUCAGUGACGAGCAAAGAGGGAGUAUCGAAAAUGCAAUGCGAGCUAUCGAAUGGCGCACCGCCGGCUGCGUAACAUUCCAGAAACGCAAGGGAAAUCACCAGGAAUACAUUUUGAUUCAACACCAGAUAGGACCCAAGGCAAUAUGCAAAGCGGACGUUGGUCGCAGCAUCGGCCGCCCAACCAGAGUCAGACUGCAUUCCGACUGCUUUUCACUAGCCAUACCCGGCAUCAUCCAGCACGAGAUUAUGCACGCGCUGGGAUUCCACCACGAACACAGUCGCCCGGAUCGGGAUGAUCACAUCACCCUAGUGGCCAGUAAUAUGAAAUCCGGCAUCGACGAAAGAAACUUCCAGAAACUGCCUCGAAUGGCCACCUUUGGACUUCCCUAUGACAUCGAAUCACUGCUGCAUUACGGUCAGGAGGUAUCCAAGAGCCACGACAAACCGGCUAUUAUCUCCAAAGCCAUCCCGCCGGCCCGUUGGAUAGGCCAGCAGUUUGGCCUCAGUCCGUUGGAUGUCACCAAACUGAAGGUAGCUUACAACUGCUCGCAGAAGGAAGCUGCAGUAACUGUGCCCACUUUCUCCGCUACGCCAGCUCGCAUUGACCGUCAUAGCGUAACCAGUGGUCCCACCUUUAACGAAUAUGCUGCUACAGAAGACUAUCCUAUUAACACAUCGGUUGCUGAUCCGCCUUUUGUGUAUCCAAUACCAAAAAUGGCCAACGAGCCAUUAACAAAGGAGCAAUGCCUGCGCGGAGAAUCUGCGAACUGCCAGAAACCUGGCUGGUUACGCGGCCACCGUGCCAUGGAAACCCCGUAUUACUUCACCACCUGUAACCGCACGGCUACUCAGAUGGAACUGUUGAUCAUGUUCCGUGAGAUGUCGCAGCCGCCGCUACGGUAUGUACGGCUUCGUUUGGAAGACUCCGAACAUGUGACCGGUGAGGCACUACAACCUAUUCGCACCCAAGUUAUUCACCUGAGCCUGUAUGGCUGCCACACUAAUCGAGUGACCGGGAAACUACGCGGGAUGGCACUCGGCAACUUGUUACGCUUUGGUGCUUUCGGAACAGGAUGCUCAGAUUGUCUUGUUAUGCAGAAGCUAGUCUUCAGCACGUCCCUAAAACUGCGCGAAAUACAGUUUCUCUGGCAUGUUAUACAGUCGGUGGAAGUCGACAGUUUUUCUGAUAUGGUGGAUCUGCGAAUUUUGUCCCUGCCGUUGUCGAGGGAACAACAUUGUAGCCCGAGUUUUGUCUGGUACAGACGCUGGUUAUCCCGGCAUUCCUAUCUUGCGAAGACCCGAUCCAUGGGCAGUGUGUAUAAUACGCAAACCGAUUGGGACCGUUCAAUAUUUAACUUGGAUGUGAUGGAAAGUGAUGUGUCUCCACUCUUUAUCAGAUGCGGCUAGCUCUCCAAUAUACAGUAAACAAAAGGCAUAACGAGCCGCUCUAACUGAUGAUCUAUCUCCUUAUUGUCGAUCGGAGUUUAUCUGCUAUACAGUGGUACUGUGGUAGUAUCUUAGUGACAAAUUGUCUGCAUUUUUCAAAUUGAUCUUUUUGUUGUGCCUUUGCUCAUUUUACACAACUGGAUUAAAAUUCAACUUA